AUGUCUGGCCAGGACACUGAGGACUUCGGAGCAGGAAAGCUCUCAGACAAGUCUCAGAUGCUUCCGAGCCUCCCACCGUAUGACAUGGAUGACCAGCUCCUUCCCAGGGAGCGCCGGAGCGCCUGGUGCUGCUUGGCCUGGAGCCUGCUGGUUGCCACCAUGAACCUCUUGGUCUUUCUCCUGAAUCUGCUCCUGAUGUUUGUGAUUUUCACCAUUGUGCUGCUCCCUACCAUUGUGGUGGUUUACUUUGGCUUCCAAUGCCACUCUCAAGUUCUGCAUUCAGCUGCCCACUACUGCAAAAGCUUCUUGGAUGACAACAGCUCCUCUGCCCUCAUCAUCCUUGGCUUUGUCAUCAUGUCCCCUCUCAUUGUGGUGGCCAUGGCUAUCUACUGCAGCCUGGCAAGGCGCCUCCGUCUCUUCCUGUGCUUCCAGCCAUACAGCAGGGCUGUGUACAAGGGGGUGAAGUGGUGCCGGUACGAGGAGGGAGGCCUGUGCAGCUGUGCCAGGGGCUGGAACACUCAAGUCAAGGCCUGGGUAUGA